AUGGCCCGUGAUCGACCCGCCUCGCAACCACAGAAUCCUCUCACGCCGGCACCUAACGAUACUCCCGUCACAGCCGAGCCUUUUCAGAAAGCCAGUCAACCAUCGUCUCUCCUCGGAAAACGUCAGCGCCAAGAUAGCUCCCCGCCUGCCCAGCGGGCGAAGAACUGGGAAACCGGGAUGGAUGAUUGGGACCCGUGCAUUCCGAAACAGAUGGGCAAGGAUGGCCGGCUCUGGAGACGACGGGUUCGCCGCGUGGGGUGGGAGGUGUUGCAACACUGGGAGAUAUGGGCUCUGGAUUCUCAGGAUAUUUGA